AUGAGCAUCCCCGUCACCACCAGUAAAGGGCCUCAUCCCCUUCUCGUCAAGUACCUCAAUGAAUUGGUAGCCCAUCCUUUGCGUACAAAAGCAAUCACCACUGCGACUCUCUGUCUUCUGCAAGAAGUCCUCGGCAGCAACUUUGCUGGAAUUCCCCCCAGAGUACCGCGACAUGCACCUUUCUUCUUGCGCAUCCUAGCCCAAUACCAUCUUGACGCAAAGGCGCUGAAGAUGGCGCUCUAUGGCUUCCUCGUGUCUGCCCCAAUGAGCCAUGUCCUUGUCGGCGCGAUCCAAAAGGCAUUUGCGGGGAAGACUGGGACGUCUGCACGGGUCCAACAGAUAAUCGCCAACAACCUUCUGGUAGCGCCCAUUCAGGCAACAAUUUAUCUCUCUUCUAUUGCUAUUAUAAACGGAACCAAGACUUUAGAUGGUGUAAUUAAGACUGUGAAAGCUGGCUUCUUGCCUGUUCUACGUAUUACAUGGGUUGUCUCGCCCUUGUCCAUGCUUGUGGCUCAAAAAUACGUUCCCCAGCACCUCUGGGUGCCGUUUUUCAAUUUGAUCCAAUUUGUCCUCGGUACCGUGUUCAACACGAGGGUCAAGAGACAACGGCUGGCAGCCAGCAAGAAAGCCAAGGCUUCUGAGGACGACUCCGAGUAG